UCUCACCCCGCAUUUAAUUAAUUCCCUUUCAACCAGCUUUCCUAUUCUUUUUUGUUCUCUGUUUCAAUGGCUUCCAUUCCCCAGUUCUACUCAUUUUCCAAUGAUUUUUCUCAGUUUCCAAAUCCAUUGCUAAUUUCCCAAGAAAACUCUAUUGCUGGUGGUGCAAUUCCUGGUGCAACAUGGGGUGAAGAAAAUAGUUUUCCAAUGUUUUUAGACAACGGAGGACUUGAUGUUUUUCAACAAGAAUCUAAUUUAACACCUCCAGUUCCAGCAGCAUUGUUUCCAGAGCUAAUUGGGAUUUCAUCAGACUUGGCUGUCCCAACAGCAUUGCCUCAUGACAAUAACGUUGCAGGGUUCUAUGACAUUGGAACCAUUCAAAAUUUUGGUAGCAGAUGCCAGUUACAAGAUGUCUGUGAGUUUGGAGAGGAAUGCAGUGGAUUUGUUCAUCAGGAUUUCAAGUCGGCUCAUCCAACUUUGGGAGAAAAUUGGGGAAUUCAUGGCAAUCGAAUGCAGCCGGCUAUGGAAGACAGCAAUCUUAAAGUUGGGCGGUAUUCAGUAGAAGAAAGGAAAGACAGAAUUCUAAGAUACUUAAAGAAGAGAAAUCAGAGGAACUUUAACAAGACUAUUAAGUAUGCUUGCCGGAAGACCCUAGCUGACAGAAGAGUUAGAGUCCGGGGAAGAUUUGCAAGGAACACUGAACUCUGCGAAGAAGAAAUAGUAAUGAAAAAGGAAGAUGACAAUUCACUCAAUGACAAAAAUUUGUAUUGCUGUGAUGCUGUCCAGAUCAAGCAGGACGAGGAUGACUGGCUGCAAGAGGCUAUGGCAAAUCUUAUGUAUUUGCCUUAUAUUACUGGUUAAUAUAUAUGUUAGUGUUAUAGCUUGUAUAUCCAAUGGAUUACUAUUAAUGGGAAGUCCGAAGAAGGCGACGCUUUUUUUAUCUUUUUCUAGUUUUGUGAGAGUUCUCUAACCAAGCUAAUGUUGGUGCUGUUAUAACAAUUGCUUUCAAAUUGAUUGUUCUCGAAUGAACUUUAUUCGCAUAUAGAAGUAUAAGAAAAAAAGA